UAGGAUAUGCUUCACACCCCUUUAUUCGUGUCUUUCCAUUAGCGCAGGCCCCCCCCCACCCUCGUAGCCUAGCGUUUAGCAUCGAUGUUUGGGUCCCCCUGACAGGAGGCCCUUCAGACACCCAGCUAAGACGCACAGACACACACUCCCAAACGCACGCACACAUAGACACACACGCACGCACACACACCAGCACCCACGUAUCCACACAUACGUACACACACACACGCACAAGGCACACCUAUGUCUCUAUGACAGUGGCGCUGCGGUGUGGUGCGGUGCCUACUCAAGCAGGGUUAAGUGAGCUGACCAGUGGUUGGCUGAACGCGUGACGGGAUACCCCGGCCUACGACGACAUCCACAUAGACACCUCGGUUAUUUUUUCCCCUCCAUUCUCUUUCUUCCCCAGAGCGGACGCUCGUUGCUCUCUCUCUCUCGUGCCUGCUCGAGUGUCUCCAUUUUUUGUUCGACUUUGCCAGGAACUAAGUGAGCAAUCAUGUGGGAGUUCCGGUCCAUGAUGUUUUGGCGGGCGGUCUUCGCCGAGUUCUUUGGCACCAUGUUCUUUGUGUUCUUCGGCAUGGGCGCGGCCCUGCGCUGGACCAGCGGGCCCUACCACGUCUUCCACACGGCGCUCUGCUUCGGCUUCGCCGCCGCCACGCUCAUCCAGUCCAUCGGCCACAUCAGCGGCGGGCACAUCAACCCAGCCGUCACCUUCGCCUACCUAGUGGGCUCUCAGAUGUCCCUGUUCCGCGCCGUCUUCUACUGGUGCGCCCAGUGCCUGGGUGCCAUGGCUGGCGCCGCCGUGCUCUACGGAGUCACACCCAAUAACAUGAGGGGCAACAUGGCUCUCAAUACGCUCCAGCCGGGCAUCAGCCUGGGCAUGGCCACCACAGUGGAGGUGUUCCUCACCAUGCAGCUGGUGGUCUGCAUCUUCUCUGUGACCGACGACCGGAGGAACGGACGCAUGGGCUCCGCCGCCCUGGCCAUCGGCUUCUCCGUCACCAUGGGCCACCUCAUGGGGAUGUACUACACUGGAGCUGGUAUGAAUCCUGCCAGGUCUUUCGCCCCUGCUGUCCUCAUGAGGAAUUUCAUCAACCACUGGGUGUACUGGGUUGGACCCAUGAUUGGCGGUGCGAUGGGUGCUAUCUUGUACGACUUCAUGCUGUUCCCCCGCAUGCGUGGCCUGUCUGAGAGGCUAGCCACUCUGAAGGGCAGCCGGCCCCCAGAGGUGGAGAACCAGCAGGACACCCGCGGGGAGCCCAUCGAGCUCAAGACCCAAGCCCUAUAAACCUGCACACUGCUGGGGGAGCAGGGCCAGGCUCUGCCCCCCCCCCCCUCCAACCUGCCGGAACUCUUCCCCCACCAAAGACCAACACCUGCCCCUCCAACCCCCUGUCAUAACCAAACACAAACCACACACACACACACACAUACAUUUUACACUAAGUUGUACAUGCUCUUACAGGAAGACUCCAAACUAAUGAACUAAUUCUAACACUGCUCCACAGGGUCAGGCAUGGCCUGAGAUAGGCCACUAAACCUCCGAACCAACUAACAUGCAGUCACACGCCCCCUCGGUGUGUAGGGGCAGACCAACUAAUCCGCCGACUAACACAGACACGCAUGCGAGCACACAGCUGCUAGCCUAGCCUAGCCUAGCCUCCAGGACUGUGUUCUCGUCGAGAUUCCACAGGGGGGGCACAGUAAACCCGAUUCCAACACCCCCUCCAUUACAGAGGUGGGUCUGAGGGUAGGCUGGUGUGUGCUGGGUAGGCCAUCCGAAGGGAAGGGGCAGUUUGUGGGGCAGGGAGGGGAAGGGCAAGAGCAUGGGUGUGGGUGGUUGAAGGGGCGGGACUGGACUUGGGGGUCUGUGGAGGAGGCAGCACUCAGAUUCUACACUCAUGACAGGGGUGAGCUAGAACAGUGAACUUGGGCAUGCUUUUUCAUUUUUUUCAUCUGAUUAUGAUCUCAUUUUUUCCAUUUUUUUUGUUUUCUACAGUACGGGAUGUGGAUGUAUGAUACUAGAGUUAACCAGGGUUUUAUUCUUCAAUUCAUUUUUCAUUUUAUUUGUGUGUGUGUGUGUGUGGGUGGGUGGGUGUGAGUGUUACUGUGUGUGUGUGUGUGUGUGUGUGUGCAAGAGGGUGCAAGCAAGCACGAGUGGGUGUGU